GGUUUCCGGUCGGCGGUGGGCACCGGCUGCCCGGUGACGUGUAACGGACGGUGGGCCGCAGCCAUGAGCGAGAGGAAACCUAACGGUGGCAGCGGCGGGGCCUCCACCUCCUCGUCGGGCACUAACUUACUGUUCUCCUCCUCGGCUACGGAGUUCAGCUUCAACGUGCCCUUCAUCCCAGUCACCCAAGUUGCCGCUUCGCCAGCCUCCCUGCUCUUGCCAGGAGAGGAUUCCACAGAUGUCGGUGAGGAGGACAGCUUCCUUGGUCAGACUUCUGCUCAUACGUCUACCCCACAGACAUUUAGUUACUUCUCUCAGGUACCAAGCAGUGGUGACCCUUUUGGGAAUAUUGGGCAGUCACCGUUAACAACUGCAACAGCAUCGGUUGGACAAUCACCCUUCUCUAAACCCCCAGCUGCUCUCCCUUUUACAACUGGAUCGCAAGAUGUGUUGAAUGCAUUUUCGCCGUCUGUUUCGAAGGCUCAGUAUGGUGCUCCACCUAUGCCACAGAUGGGAGUAAAUGCUUACCUGCCUUCUCAGCAGAGCGGUCUCCCUCCUGCACAUUUUGGGAGCCCACCGCCAGGAGCACCCCAACAAGGAUACAAUCCGUAUCGCCACACUCCUGGCAGCAGCAGGGCUAACCCUUAUAUUACACCACCACAGCUGCAGCAGUGCCAGACACCUGGCCAUCCCACCCAGCUGCCACCCCCUGGACCCCCUGUUCAGAUGUACCAGAUGCCUCCUGGAGCUUUGCCACCGAGUCCUCCUUCAGUGCAGUCAGCCUUGCCCCCACCAGCACAGCAGCAGGUACUGGCUAGACCUGCAGGCCCCUCGGUCCAAGCACCACCUCCUUUUCUACUUCAAAACCAAUAUGAACCUGUUCAACCCCACUGGUUUUACUGCAAGGAAGUAGAAUGCAAACAACUGUGGAUGCCUUUCAGUGUGUAUGACUCUUUUAAUCUUGAAGAAAUCUAUAAUUCAGUCCAGCCAGACCCCGAGAGUGUGGUUCUAGGGACAGACGGAGGGCGUUACGAUGUUCACCUCUAUGACCGGGUGAGGAAGCCUGUGUACUGGGAGGAGGAGCCUGCUGAAGUGAGGCGCUGCACUUGGUUCUACAAGGGAGACGCGGAUAGCAGAUUUAUUCCCUAUACUGAGGAGUUCAGUGAGAAGCUAGAGGUACGUGCACUUUACUGCUUUAUGCGUGUACAUUGGAGCUUCGUCUGUUGUAUCCUGAAGGUUAUUGUCCAGUUCCAGCCUUCCUCAGUGCCAGAUGAAUGGGGGACCACACAAGAUGGACAGACAAGGCCCAGAGUUGUCAAACGUGGGAUUGAUGAUAGCCUGGAUGAAAUUCCUCACGGUGUGUAUAGUUUGUUUAGGACCAACGUGCAUUUGAGUUUUCUGUUGUUUUCGCACCAUUCUUUAGCAAAAUACUUUUUCUUUUCCUUUCUAAACAGGAAUAUUAAGAAAAUCACUUUACCAAGUAUUGGACGGUUUCGUCACUUUACCAAUGAAACCUUGCUAGAUAUUUUGUUUUACAAUAGCCCCACCUACUGUCAGAGAAUUGUGGAAAAAGUGGGAAUGGAGAUAAACCGACUGUAUGCGCUCUUCAUGGGUCGGAACCCGGACUUCAAGGGAGGGGUCUCUGUGGCUGGUCAUAGUUUAGGUAAAACUGUCAAAUGUGCACAUUUUAAACAUAAUUUUUCAGAAAAAAUUGUUGAAAGUCCAGAUUUUUCCAAGGAUGAGGACUACUUAGGAAAGGUUGGAAUGUUAAACGGAGGCCGCCGAAUUGACUACGUUCUUCAGGAAAAGCCAAUAGAGAGUUUUAAUGAAUAUCUUUUUGCUCUUCAGAGUCACUUAUGCUAUUGGGAAUCUGAAGAUACUGCCUUGUUAUUACUUAAAGAAAUUUAUCGAACAAUGAACAUUAGUCCAGAACAGCCCCAGCAUUGAUUGGACUUCAGUUUCACUGUUUUGUCUUCACAGAAAGUCCCAGUGUAAAUUACAUUGCUGAGAAAAUGCUCAGAGGAUGGUCCCAGUUUUCUCCUGUGAUGGAUGUCAGAAAAGUGACUUGUCGACAACUUCUCAGUAUAGAGUUCUCAGAUGUAGGGCUUCAUUUAGAAGAAAAUAACAUACAACAAAAAAAACAGUGAAAACAUCACUACCACAUUUGGACAGUGUAGAUGAGAAAAUGUGACUGUAAAAAUGGUGCGAUUAAAAAUGUCCCAGAUCAUUUUAGUUGUACAGUUGUCAAAGUCAUGUGGAUCAGUGAAGAAAUAUACGUAGCAUGCGGACGGUUAUUUCUAUUCAACAGUUGUCAGUGGGCCAUUCAAUGUGCGUUUUUUAAUUAAUGUAGUCUGCUGUUUUUAUUCAAGUACAGACUUCUUGAGAAACUAUAGUAAUAUGAUUUUUAAACAAUAAACAACUGAUAUCCUACUUUAAAUGUGAAUUGUAGUGCUGAGCUGCUUUCAUGAGGAUUAUUUGUAUUUGUUCAGAGGAAGUAACCAAGAUCUCUAACAUCCUGCACUGAGUUGGAGGUUUUUAUAAAGCCUUUCAAGCUAUUGCCGAGCGCAUGGUCGUGGAAGGACGUGAAGUGCUCUCUUAUUCCACAGCAGUCCCAGGAAGGGCUCUGCAGCACGUCUCUCUUCCCUGGGAGGGCAUCAUCCAAGUAGCUAUGCAGUCGCCUCAUUGCGAAACUUCCGACUAACGUGAGAACCAAAGUAGAGGACUUUUUUUGUUUUUGUUUUUUUUUUGCUUUGUAUUAAUCUUACUUAUACCAAAGUGUUUGAAAGUAUGAAUUGUAUUGCUUCUAGAUAUAAAACUCCUUCAUGAAAAGACUGUUCUGUAAUAAUAUUUCACUUUGUUUUGCUAUAAAUUCAGAUUCUUGAAAUAUUUUCCUAAUCCUAAAUGGGAAUGCUGAUUUUCUUCUUUUGUUGUGUAGUAGAAACAUUUUACCUUGUUUACAUAGUUCUCAUGGGACAUAGAAUUUUUUGAAAGCAACGUAUGAUACACAUUUUUCGUGUAUAUAUUCUAAUUAGUCUGAAUAAAACAGCAUCAAUGCAGUUUUUUAAGCAGCAAACGUCUGUAUUUCUCUUAUCUUCCUUAAAAGUAUUCCUGUGAGGCCAAUGUUCAUUCACUUUUCAUUGUGAGUACCCAGUAUAUAGUUAACACAUACCUAUAGCACUUGCUCACUGUAGUAGAAUUAGAACAGUAGAAUUUUAGAGCUGCAACUGACGCCAGACGACAUGUAUCCCAACCACCUCAUCCUACAGCCGAGGACACGACAUUAAAUGCCUUUGCCAGCUGCCCGGACCUUUGUGUGGCCUUCAUUUCACUCCAUGAGUCCUGCUCCUUCUCCUGAAAUUUUCGGUUGCCUUCCCAGUACUGAAGAAAUGAAGAAAAAUGAGGACUAUUUAUGUAUAUUUUAAUAAAAUCCAGUUUGAUUUUUCUACUCAUAACUGGUUUUGUUUGUAUUAUUCAGCCUAGGUCUUCUGAGUAAUGGGCAGAUGAGAGGCAACACUUGAACCAGUUUUCGUAGAAGAAACGUGUGCCAGCUGAGUUUCAGGAUCUUGCAAUCUUAUUUUAAUGCUUGAGGAGACAUAAAAUAGACUUUGCUGGUGAUUCUGCCUGUGGACAUUGAUCUAUAUCACGAUUCAGGUUCUUUACAACACAAACAGCAGGUCCCCUGCAGGCAGAGUGUAUUUAUUAGCAUACGGUUCACUAUUGUAACCACCAUGCCUCCCACACAGUCUUAAACAGUCUUGCACAGACUCAAGCACUUUCCAAAUAUCUGUUGAAUAAAUGAAUUUGAAAAAUCAAAACCAUAUUUUUAUACUUGGAAGAGACCUUGG